AAGCCUAGGUUGAUCCGAUGGAUGCUCUGGCUCCAAGAGUUUGACUUGGAGAUCCGUGAUAGGAGCGGAGCACAAAAUCUAGUUGCUGAUCAUUUGAGUCGGAUCGAACGUGUAUCUGAUGCAGAUUCACCUAUUCGGGAUGAUUUCCCGGAUGAUCAUUUGUAUAUACUGUAUAGUAUUUCUGACUCUCUUUCUACUCCCUGGUUUGCUAACAUUGUCAAUUAUUUAGUUGCUUCUGUUUUUCCUCCCUUAACAUCAAAGGCCCAAAAAGAUAAAAUUAAAAGUGAUGCUAAGCAUUUUAUUUGGGAUGACCCCUACUUGUGUAAAUUGUGCAGUGAUCAGGUCAUUAGACGGUGCAUUCCAGAUCAUGAGACUGACUCAAUCCGUAGCACUUGUGAGCAGUGUCAGAGAGCAGGAAAUACACCUACAUGGCGACAACAAAUGCCUCAGCAACCUAUGCUAUUCUGUGAGGUGUUUGAUGUCUGGGGUAUAGAUUUCAUGGGCCCUUUUCCUGUCUCUUUUGGUUAUGUUAACAUUCUCCUUGCAGUUGACUAUGUUUCAAAAUGGGUGGAAGCCAAACCCACUAGAACUAAUGAUGCUAAAGUUGUUGCAGAUUUUGUCAGGUCUAAUCUGUUCUGUAGGUUUGGAGUACCUAAAGCAAUUGUUAGUGAUCAAGGAACCCAUUUUUGCAACAGAACAAUGCAUGCCCUGCUUAAAAAGUACGGGGUGGUACACAGGGUAUCCACACCAUACCACCCCCAGAUCAAUGGACAGGCAAAAAUUUCUAACAGGGAAAUCAAGAGAAUUCUAGAGAAGAUUGUGCAGCCAAGCAGGAAAGAUUGGAGUACCAGGCUUGAUGAUGCUCUCUGGGCACAUCGGACUGCCUACAAAGCACCCAUAGGAAUGUCUCCUUAUCGGGUUGUCUUUGGAAAGGCAUGUCAUCUUCCAGUGGAAAUUGAGCACAAAGCAUACUGGGCAGUGAAGACUUGCAACUUCUCUAUGGAUCAAGCUGGUGAGGAAAGGAAGUUGCAACUGAGUGAGUUAGAUGAAAUCCGCCUAGAAGCCUACGAGAAUGCCAAGUUCUACAAAGAAAAGACCAAGAAGUUCCAUGAUAGCAUGAUAGUUAAAAAGGACUUCAUGUCUUUCUACUGUUUUUUGGAUGGAUAUUCAGGUUAUAAUCAGAUUGUUGUAGACCCCCAAGACCAAGAAAAGACAGCUUUCACAUGUCCCUUCGGUGUUUUUGCUUAUCGCCGCAUGCCAUUCGGGUUAUGUAACGCUCCUGCUAUGUUUCAAAGAUGUAUGAUGGCUAUCUUUGCUGACAUGGUAGAGAAAUGCAUUGAAGUCCUUAUGGAUGAUUUUUCAGUCUUUGGUGCAUCUUUUGAGAAUUGUUUAGCAAACCUAGACAAGGUGUUACCGCGGUGUGAAGAAUCCAAUCUGGUACUUAAUUGGGAGAAAUGCCAUUUAAUGGUUCAAGAAGGUAUCAUGUUGGGACACAAGAUUUCAAAAAAAGGAAUCGAGGUGGACAAAGCAAAACUAGAUGUUAUUGAUAAACUUCCACCUCCAGUCAAUGUGAAAGGCAUCUGCAGUUUUUUGGGUCAUGCAGGAUUUUAUCGAUGGUUCAUUAAAGACUUCUCCAAAAUUGCGAAACCUCUCAGCAACCUGUUGAACAAGGAGGCCGUGUUUGUGUUUGAUGACGAAUGUUUAGAAGCCUUUAACACCCUCAAAGCUAAAUUGGCUUCUGCUCCUGUGAUCACAUCACCAGACUGGGGACAAGAAUUUGAAUUAAUGUGCGAUGCAAGUGAUUACGCAGUAGGUGCUGUCCUCGGGCAGAGGAAAGGCAGAGUAUUUCAUACCAUCUACUAUGCUAACAAAUCUCACUACUAUUUUCUUGAUGGUUUUUCUGGUUAUUUACAAAUUCAUAUUGCUCCUGAGGAUCAAGAAAAGACCACAUUCACCUGUCCCUUUGGCACUUUUGCCUAUAGGAGGAUGACCUUUGGCCUAUGCAACGCCCCUGGUACCUUCCAGCGGUGUAUGCUUAGCAUUUUCAGUGACUUUUUAGAGAGUUGCAUAGAGGUGUUUAUGGAUGAUUUUACUGUUUAUGGAUCCUCUUUUGAUGCAUGUUUGGAUAGUUUGGAUAGAGUUCUUAAUAGAUGCAUUGAAUCUAACCUUGUGCUGAAUUUUGAAAAAUGUCACUUCAUGGUAGAACAAGGUAUAGUUUUAGGGCAUAUCAUUUCCAGUAGGGGCAUAGAGGUAGACCCUACAAAGAUAGCUGUUAUUUCACAAUUACCUUAUCCCUCUUGCGAGCGAGAAGUCCGUUCUUUUCUUGGCCAUGCAGGGUUUUAUAGGUGCUUUAUCAAGGACUUUAGCAAAGUGGCCCUUCCACUAUCCAAUUUGCUGCAAAAGGAGGUGGAGUUUGAUUUUGAUGACCGGUGCAAAGAGGCUUUUGAUUGCCUCAAGCGUGCAUUGACUACCACCCCUAUCAUUCAGGCACCUGAUUGGACAACCCCAUUUAAGUUGAUGUGUGAUGCAUCCAAUUAUGCAUUGGGGGCUGUCCUUGCUCAAAAGAUUGACAAGCUGCCUCGGGUGAUCUACUACGCUUCCAAAACUUUGGAUGCUACCCAAGCAAAUUACACUACCAUAGAGAAGGAGCUAUUAGCGAUAGAUUUUGCUCUUGAGAAAUUUCGUUCAUAUUUGCUUGGUACUCGUGUUAUUGUUUAUAUUGACCAUGAAGCUCUGAAGUACCUAUUGAAGAAGGCUGAAUCAAAGCCU